AUGUCAAAUUUGCCUGUACCUGUUUUCGACUUGCGUGCACGAGACGCCUUCGCAUUCGCACAAGGUCUUAGGCCGAAUGGACAGGAUUCCUUACCUUCUCCGCAUACUACCGAUCAUCCCGGGAGACGAUCAAAGCGGCGAAGGACUGGAUAUCGCGAUAAGCCACUAAAUGUUGAGGUUGUUGAAGCCUAUGGAGAUUCUGACAAUAAGUCUCCCCUACAAAUUGCGGACACGAAGAAAGUCACCAAGUUUUACACCAUGGCUUUCAAACAAUUGCAACAACUCAACUGCCGCUUACUGGCUAAAACCUUUAUCAAACUUAUCGAGCCUCGUAAGCAGGUCGGGUACCCAUACAAAGGUGGCGAAGGCACAAAGCCUGAUUGGUGGCCUCACGAUGUUAGACACAGGGAGCCCGAUCAUCUUCGAAAACCAGAACGUGUGGAGCUUCUCGUUCAUCUUGUCCAAAACCUGCUUCGUAAGGGAGUAACAGUAGAGUUACUUGAAGAAGCUGUCAGCGACAUCAGGAGACAUCUUAUACCUGAAGAUAACCAUAAGGCAAAAACUGCAAUAUUAGAUGAAAUAAUCCACAUUAAAAAGAUUGAGAAGCAGUACUUGAGGAUGGAAAUUGACGGAACCAUCCAAGUUUAUGUUACCAACUACGACAAAUAUGAGGAUGAAUCAGAACCCAAAGUGAUGACUCCUCCUCAGAGCGUCAGUUCCUCGCCACGGAAAGAGAAUCUUGAAGUUCAGAGCCCUUUAGAGAUGGAUAGUGUACCCCAGCAAGUACCGCCGCAAGAAACUGUCCCAAGCUUCCAAAUGCGUGCCAAUCUCAACUUUACGAACCCGAUGCAGACCACGCCGCCUGAAUUCGGCCAUCCUCCCUUCGCCUAUGCACCAACACCAGCCCUGCCAUUGACUUCCACACACGACCAUUUCAUAGUGACCGGUCCAACAAGCCAUCUAUACGCUGUUAGCCUAGCUCAUCCGCAAGCGAGUCCUCCCGCUGGUUUUACGGGUACAUAUCCCGCAUGUCAGGGUUCUCCAGUCGACCACAGUCAUGGAGCUGGUAGCCUAAUGUCACCUCAAGUAGAUUAUUCAUCUCAACCUUUCACUGUCCCCGACCUUUCAGAUCGUCGAGGUCAUGAAAAGGCGAACAUAUAUAGCCAGCCUCUCCAAGCUUACUCUUUAGGUCCCCCACACACUAUAUACUAG